GAAUCUGUUGUCAACGUUGUCAAACAAGAAACGAAAAUAAUCAGUAAUUUAAUUACUUCCUUGAAAAAACCUUUCCGGUACACAGUAUUAACUUUAAAUAUUCUUGCUACAAUGUCUGAAGAACAAGUAAAUGCUAAAAAGCGUAAAAUCUCUGAGGAAAAUGGCACGGAAUCAUCCGAACCAUCGUCCAAAACAAUACAUAUACAAUGUCCGUAUUUGGAUACAAUCAACAGACAUGUCCUGGAUUUCGAUUUUGAGAAGUUAUGCUCGGUUUCACUAACGAGAAUCAAUGUUUACGCUUGUCUCGUCUGCGGUAAAUACUUCCAGGGCAGGGGCACCAACACCCAUGCAUACACACAUUCAGUGGCUGAUGGUCACCAUGUGUUUCUCAACUUGCAUACUUUGAAGUUUUACUGUCUUCCUGAUAACUAUGAAGUUAUUGAUUCAUCUCUGAAUGACAUCAAGUACGUGCUGAACCCGAUCUUCACGCCGGAGCAGAUCACCCAGCUGGACUUCAACACCAAGAUGUCCAGAGCUAUAGACAGCACUAUGUACAUGCCGGGCAUUGUGGGCUUGAACAAUAUUAAGGCUAAUGACUAUUGCAACGUUAUAUUGCAGUGCCUCUCACAAGUGCGUCCUCUCCGCAACUAUUUCCUCCGCGAAGAAAACUACGCGAACGUGAAGCGGCCACCCGGCGACUCCUCGUUCCUACUGGUACAAAGAUUUGGCGAGCUACUGCGAAAGUUAUGGAACCCGCGCGCUUUCAAGGCCCAUGUAUCCCCUCAUGAGAUGCUGCAGGCUGUCGUGCUGUGGUCUAAGAAGAGGUUCCAGUUUAUUAAGCAGAGUGAUCCAAUUGAUUUCAUGUCAUGGUUUCUAAAUUCAUUACACAUGGCUCUCAAUGGAACUAAGAAACCUAACAGUUCUAUAAUCUACAAGUCUUUCCUUGGCCAUAUGAGGAUAUAUACCAGAAAGUUACCACCAGCCGAUGCGGACGACGCUGCGAAGGUGGACCUCAAUAGUGAAGAGUAUAGUGAGAUGAUAACGGAAUCUCCCUUCCUUUAUCUGACGUGUGAUCUGCCCCCUACUCCGCUGUUCACUGACGAGUUUAGAGAAAAUAUUAUACCACAGGUGAACCUGUACCAACUACUUUCGAAGUUCAAUGGCCAAACAUCAAAAGAGUACAAAACCUACAAAGAGAAUUUCUUGAAAAGAUUUGAGAUCACUCAGUUGCCGCCUUACCUGAUAUUGUACAUCAAGAGAUUCACGAAAAACACGUUCUUUGUGGAGAAGAAUCCUACAGUUGUUAACUUCCCAGUCAAAAACGUUGAUUUCGGGGACAUUUUAACGCCAGAAGUGAAAGCGAAACACAACGGCAAGACUAUCUACGAGUUAGUCGGCAACAUUGUUCACGACGGAACUCCUGAGAAGGGGACCUACAGGGCUCACGUGCUACAUAAACCUACUCAGCAAUGGUAUGAAAUGCAAGAUCUUCAUGUGACCAGUAUAUUACCUCAAAUGAUCACCCUCACAGAAGCGUACAUUCAGAUAUAUGAACUAAAGCAGGACUGAGAUUAGUUAAGUCAAUAAAACUAAGUUAAGUACA